AUGGGCGACCAACAGAAACCACCAAGAGCAACCAAAAAUGCAAAGCCAUUGCGGACCGCAACUACAACCUCGCUAUCCCCAAAAUGGCGGUUUUGGAGCCACUUGGUGAACGGACCUAGACGGAACCAGGCAGAAGCACGGCAAAGCAUGGAGAUCGCCCACACUAGCCCAGAGCAGAUGGAGCGCGGUAAAGAGGGACUUGGGACUGUUUUGCUACACUCCCCCGGUGUCAGGCAUAGGCUAAUCAAUCUGCCUCUUCGACAAGCCUACUCCACGCCUAAAAAGCAAGGACUAGAAUGA